AUGCAGGUUCUCCAGCUGCUCUUUGCAGUCCUUGUCAUUCUCCUCCUCCAGGGCACUCCGGCCAGAGGCCUUUCAGACAGCCAGCAGUGCAGAAGCAGCCGUGGCCACUGCCGGAGGCUCUGCUUCCACAUGGAGCGCUGGGAAGGGAGCUGCAGCAACGGCCGCCUGCGCUGCUGCCGGUGA